AUCCUUCUCAAAAACUCAACCCAGAGAGAGAGAGAGAGAGAGAGAGAGAGAUGAUGAUGAUGGCGAAGAGAGUGAGCCGGGUGCUGCCGUGGAUGCUCGCCGGCGUGGAGAGAAGGCUCUGCACGACGGUGGAAACGGCGGCGGAGGAGGUGGAGACGAAGGAAUGGAAGCCACUGUACCGAAGGCUGUCGGCGCUAGGGAAGGCGCCGAAGGGGAGCGUGGUGGAGACUUUGAACGGGUGGCUUCGUGAAGGCCAGGCCAUCACCUUCAACGAGCUAAUGAAGGACGUGCGUGAGCUUCGCCGCUACAAGCGCUUCGAUCACGCCCUUGAGCUGAUGGAUUGGAUGGAGAAGAGGAGUAUGAUGUUCAACGAAGGGACCCAUGCGAUAAGAAUAGAUCUUAUAUCCAAAGUCAAGGGGGUAGAUGCUGCAGAGAGUUACUUCAAUAGUCUCCCGGAGGUAGUCCAGAGCCAACUUACAUAUGGUGCUCUUCUGAGCAUCUAUUGCCAGGUGAAAAUGGAAGACAAGGCCAUGUCCAUUUAUGAGAAAAUGAAGGAACUGAAUUUAACUUCGAAGACUCUGGUCCAUAACAACCUAUUGGCCCUCUACUCAAAGUUAGGGCAGCCGGAGAAGGUCAUUAGCCUAUUUCAAGAGAUGAAGAGUAUGAAUUUAUCUCCUGAUAAUUAUACAUAUUCCAUAUUGAUAAACAACUAUGCUUCACUGAAUGACCUGAAUACAGUUGAGAAGCUUAUGCAUGAAUUGGAAGAGGGACAUAAGGAUGUCUUAGACUGGACUAUUUUUAGCAAUCUGGCUUCAUUGUAUUUGUCAGCCGGUUUUCCUGAUAAAACUGAAUUAGCUCUCAAGAAAUUGGAGGAAAUUAGGAACAAACGGGAUCGGAUGCCAUACCAUCAUCUUAUUAGUUUGUAUGCUAGCAUUGGCAAUCUAGCAGAGGUCAAUAGGGUUUGGAAGUUACUAAAGAGUAGCUUUGAGAAGACCACUAACAUGAGCUAUCUUGUAAUGUUCCAGGCUCUUAGUAAACUAGAUGAUGUUGAUGCCCUUAAUCAAUGCUUUCAAGAGUGGGAAUCUGCUCGUCUGAGCUAUGACAUACGGAUUGUAAAUGUUGUUAUUGGAACUUACCUGGUAAAGGGUAUGAUUAAAGAAGCCGAGUUCCUGUGGGAGCAAGCUAAACAGAAGGGUGCUGGUUCUGACUUCCGAACAUUUAAUCACUUCAUAGAUUACUAUUUGAAACAUGACAUCAGUUCAGCUCUGAAGUGUUUGGAGACUGCAACCGAUCUGGUGAAACAUGACGAGUGGAAACCAAAGCAAGAGACAGUGACUGCAUUUUUGAAAUAUAUCGAGGAAACUAAGGAUGUGGACAGCGCGCAGGCUGUCUACAAGUGCUUGAAGAAACUUAACUGCAUUUUUGAAAUAGUUCGAGUGGAAACCAAAGCAAGAGACAGUGACUGCAUUUUUGAAACAUUUCAAAGAAACUAAGGAUGUGGACAGCGCGCAGGCUGUCUACAAGUGUUUGAAGAAACUUGACUGUCUUGAUUCUGGAGCUUAUGAAUAUCUGCUCCAGAAGACUUAAAUGGCUGCCGGCAAAAUAGAGCCUUUGCUCCAUCAGUGAAUCAAGGAUGAUGGUGUUGAACUGAGCUUCGAAAGCAAGGUGUCGUUUAAAAAUUUCUGUUUGAUUGAAUAGCCUGUAUUUUUAUCUAUUUUUUUGGCUCCAAAUGGUAAUACUACCUACAGCUCAAUUAUGAAGAGAAUUGCUUUGAAGUUUUGGUUUUGUAUCAUUCUUUUUUAGUUAUUAAUGAAGAACAAUUGCUUAUUGUCUUCCAAUGUAAUGUGAACUGGUGAUCAAGUGGCAGGUGCUUCUUUAUUCA